CACCAUCCACCUUCUUCUUCAGCAACACAAGACAACAUGGCCGACAAACUCCGCAACCAGCAAGAACUCGAGCGCCUCCAGGCCAAGUACGUUGGCACCGGACACCCCGAUACGACAAGUUGGGAGUGGAAGACCAAUAUCUACCGCGACACCUACUCAUCCAUCGCCGGCCACCCCCCUAUGCUGUCGUACAUGGCGUUGGCUGAGAAUGAGCCCACACAGCUUCUGCGCGCGAGGUUAAUCAGGAAAAUGAUGCAACCUGCUGGUCCACCACCACAACGCGAAGAUUAACGACCAGCGACGACUGUAGGGGCAUGGUUGUUGAAGACAGAUACAUGGAUUACAAGGGCACUGGCGUUGGGGAUAAUGUGUUUAGGAAUUAGUAAUUGAGG